CUAGGAUGACAGGCGCAGAGAUUCUGCCAGCUUUGUAGCCAUGAAGGAGACGGACCGGGAGGCUGUUGCGACAGCGGUCCAGAGGGUUGCUGGGAUGCUUCAGCGCCCGGACCAGCUGGACAAAGUGGAGCAGUAUCGCCGAAGAGAGGCCCGGAAGAAGGCCUCUGUGGAGGCCAGAUUGAAGGCCGCGAUCCAGUCGCAGUUGGACGGGGUGCGCACGGGCCUCAGCCAGCUCCACAGCGCGCUGAGCGACGUCAAGGACAUCCAGCGGUCCCUGGCCGACGUCAGCAAGGACUGGAGGCAGAGCAUCAACACCGUCGAGAGCCUCAAGGCUGUGAAGGACGCCGUCGUGCGGCACAGCCAGCUCGCGGCCGCCGUGGAGAACCUCAAGAACAUCUUCUCAGUGCCCGAGAUCGUGAGGGAGACCCAGGACCUCAUAGAGCAAGGGGCGCUGCUGCAGGCCCACCGGAAGCUGAUGGACCUGGAGUGCUCCCGCGACGGGCUGAUGUACGAGCAGUACCGCAUGGACAGCGGGAACGCGCGUGACAUGAGCCUCAUCCACAGCUACUUCGGGAGCACGCAGGCGCUGUCCGACGAGCUGGCCAAGCAGCUGUGGAUGGUGCUGCAGCGGUCCCUGGUCACCGUGCGCCGCGACCCCACCUUGCUGGUCUCCGUGGUCAGGAUCAUCGAAAGGGAAGAAAAGAUUGACAGGCGCAUACUUGACCGAAAGAAGCAAACUGGCUUCGUUCCUCCUGGAAGGCCCAAGAACUGGAAGGAGAAGAUGUUCGCCGUCCUGGACAGAACCGUGACCACGAGGAUUGAGGGCACGCAGGCGGACACCAGGGAGUCUGACAGGAUGUGGCUCGUGCGCCACCUGGAGAUCAUAAGGAAGUGUGUCCUGGACGACCUCCUCGUCGCCCGGAGCCUGAUGGUGCAGUGCUUUCCUCCUCGCUACCAGAUUUUCAGGAGCCUCCUGAACGUGUACCACCAGGCUCUAAGCACGCGGAUGCAGGAGCUCGCAGCAGAGGACCUGGAAGCAAACGAGAUCGUGAGCCUGCUGACCUGGGUCCUAAACACUUACACCAGUGCAGAGAUGAUGGGGAACGCAGAGCUGGCCCCGGACGUGGACGUCGGGGUCCUGGAGCCCCUGCUUUCUCCAGACGUGGUCGCCGAGCUGCUCGACACCUACAUGUCGACUCUGACAUCAAACAUCAUUGCCUGGCUGCGGAAAGCCCUGGAAACAGACAGGAAGGACUGGGUGAAAGAGACUGAACCUGAGGCCGACCAGGACGGCUACUACCAGACGACACUGCCCGCCAUCGUCUUCCAGAUGUUUGAACAGAACCUUCAAGUCGCUGCUCAGAUAAGUGAAGAUUUGAAAACAAAGGUACUCGUUUUGUGUCUUCAGCAAAUGAAUUCUUUUUUAAGUAGUGCCGUCAACCCACCGAUCUGUCAGGAGCGUUCCGUGGGGCCGCCUGACACCAGGUACAAAGAGGAGGCGCAGCUGUACAAGGAGGAGCACCUGCGGAAGCGGCAGCACCCGCACUGCUACGUGCAGUACAUGAUCGCGCUCAUCAACAACUGCUGGACCCUCAGAGAAUCCAUAGUCAGUUUGAAAAGAAAGUAUCUGCAGCAUGACGCGGACGAAAGCGUAUCUCUGAGCCAGCCGAGCAUGGAUGGGCUUCUGGACGCCAUCGCUGAGGAGGGCUGCAGCAGCCUGCUUGAGGAGGUCUUCCUGGACCUGGAGCAACAUCUCAAUGAGCUGAUGACGAAGAAGUGGCUGUUAGGAUCAAAUGCUGUAGACAUCAUCUGUGUCACCGUGGAAGACUAUUUUAAUGAUUUUGCCAAAAUUAAAAAGCCAUAUAGAAAGCGGAUGAUCGCCGAGGCGCACCGGCGCGUGGUGCAGGAGUACCUGCGGGCCGUCCUGCAGAAGCGCAUCUCGUUCCGGAACGCCGAGGAGCGCAAGGAGGGCGCCGAGCGCAUGGCGCGGGAGGCCGAGCAGCUGCGCUUCCUCUUCCACAAGCUGGCUGCCGGGUUUGGUGAGGAGAUGGACGGGCACUGUGACACCAUCGUCGCCGUUGCCGAAGUCAUUAAGCUCACGGACCCUUCUCUGCUCUACCUGGAGGUCUCGACUCUGGUCAGCAAAUACCCAGACAUCAGGGACGAGCACAUCGGCGCGCUGCUGGCCGUGCGGGGGGACGCCAGCCGGGACAUGAAGCAGACCAUCAUCGAGACGCUGGAGCAGGGCCCGGCCCAGGCGAGUCCAGACUACGUGCCCAUCUUCAAGGAUAUCGUGGUUCCUAGCCUGAACGUGGCCAAGCUCCUCAAGUAGCCGGCGGGGCCCCCCACCAGGCGUCAGCUGCAUGUCUGGGGACGGCCUUGUCUUGGGAGAGCUCCCCCUCGCCUCUGUGCUGUGUACACACUUCUGAAACUGCUGCUCAGUCGAGUCUGGACUUCCGAUGGGACGUGAGGGCUUCCCGCUGUGAGGGUCUCUUCCUGGUGAUGAGCCAGCCCGCUGGGGUCUGGUGGGCGCACUGCUCCCUCCCUCCCUCCCUCCUCCCUGCCACCGGGUGGGUGUGGCGCGUGAAUCCCCACCGCCUGCAAAUACAUCUUACUUUUCCACCAAGUGAAUUGCAGAGUCGCACCCUGAGUAAACGGUGAGCCCCGUGUGGUCCCUACCCUCGCCGCCGCCCUGCUGGACAGGUUUCUCGGCAGCCGAGCUCCGAGGGAACCACGGGGAUGGCUCCAGCGUUCGCCCCGUUCCUCCUCCCGUGCAGGACGUGGCGUGUGCGGUGCUGGGCUGCUCUGAGGGGCCCAGUUCCUUCCUCACAGGCUUUCAGGACGGAAGAGUGGAUGCUGUGCUCUUAUUUCCUCCUCACGAGGGGUGAAAAAUUCACAGGUGGGACUUUUUUCUUGAAGGAUCAAAACCUAAAUGGAGACAUGAGGGUGUUCUUACAAGUGUUGCUCAGAAGAGAUGUGACCUUCCUCGAGGCUUCUUGCCAGUGUGCUGUCUGUUAAUACACACGUUAAUCAGUUCCCUGUGUGACGAGACUUAGUGUCUAGUAGGUAGCGGUGCUCAGUACACAGUUUUUGAAUUAAUAAAGUCGAGUGUUAACAAUCGUUA